AGUCUUUGAAUUUGCCAGUCUUUUAACCCCGUGCUGUGAAAUAUCACCUUAUGGCCACAAAAGGCUGACUGCCUAUUCAAAUGCUCUUUAGUAAAGGCAGCCAAAAGUGAGCCGGGCCUCUGCACACAAUCUGUACAUCACCAUAGCAACCCUUGUCAACCAGGAAGUCCUGUAGUGGUGGAGCAAGUAAGAGAGAGAGAGAGUGAGAGUGCAUGUGUCUGUCAGUAUGUGAGAGGGACUUAACAGAGGUGAAGCAGACGGGAGCAAAAACCACUGUAGAGAGAAAGAACUGACUGAAAGGAGACAGAGAGAGGGAAGAAAGUACAGAAAGAGCAGGUUGGACCUGAAAGGUUAUUUUAUACAAAGCAGACCAAGCAGCACGUUGGGAAUUGUGUGUGUAGUCUUGGGAAAUCUGUGCGAGGCUGCACUGUCACACACCACACAAACCGGCAGUGAGUCUGAGAUCCGAGUGAUUACUGACCAGGAUCCCUGCAGAUGACAUGCAGUCUCAGAAAAGAGUGGAGGUGCAUGAACAUCUCAAUGGCUCGCGGAUCAUUUUCUCGGACGAGGCUCUUCCCGGCAGUGGAUCCAGACAGCACUUCAUGACUCCGGAUAUGACCCAGGAAGUAGUCGUAAUCUCUCCUGGUCUUCCUACACCUCCCUCGAGUCCGUUCCACAACAGUUCAGCCCCUGCGUCGUCACAGCACAAGCAAGUCGCAGAGGUCAACGGAGGUGGAUUCACACCAGGUUUCGGAUCCUACUAUGGGCCAACUCAGACAAAUGUUGGAUUAUCCAAUGGUGGGAUACAGACCAGAGGUUCUGCCACUUUACCCAGGAUGUCUGGCUCCCGAGAGGAGCGCUUAAUCAAGUUCUCUGGAAUAGGUCCUGUGGAUGAGACAGGCAUGCCAAUCGCCUCCCGAUCCAUCGUAAACAAGCCCAAGGACUGGUAUAGGAGCAUGUUUAGACAAAUCCACAAGAAACCAGAGGAGUCUGAGUUUGACUGGAGAGAAAGGAAGCUGUCAUCAUCUCCUCCCCCAGAUUCUGGCCAGCAGGACAGGCGCUCAGACCCCUUCACCCUCACCCCGCACGGAGCCCUGCCCGACUGGGCUGAUCUGGGCGACACAGGGAAGCACCCAGAACCCAAGAGUAUUUUUGACUUUGAGCCUGGAAAAGGAGCAGCAGUAGAGGACCGUAGUCAGCCUCUGAGGUCUGAGUCACAGGUGCCUUCAUAUCGCAGCCCAGUGAAACCUCAAUCCCAAUCUCCAUCCAUAGAGGCAACGCUGGUGUCAGAGCUGAACCGUUUUGAGGCGGAGCUGGACUCAGACAUUCGUGGUCUGGAGAGGAAACUGUCACAGAAGCAGCAGCAGCGGCGAGGCAGGGGUGAGGGAUCUAAAGCCAACACAGCAACCACAAGAACAGAAGAGAACAGACAAGAAAACAGCUAUCCCAUAAUCCCCUGCUCUGCUGUAAAGCAGGGUAUCUGGUCUUCUUUUUCCUCUACAGAUUGCAUAACAUCAUCAGACAUGGAUUUCCCACCUAAGAAAGAGGAGAGAAAGAUGAAAGCAGCGCGAGUGAAAUUUAAUUUCCAAGCACAGUCACCAAAGGAGCUGACCUUACAAAAAGGUGAUGUAGUGUACAUACACCGGCAGGUGGAUGCCAACUGGUAUGAAGGAGAGCAUCAUGGGAGAGUGGGGAUCUUUCCCACCAGCUAUGUGGAGAUUAUUCCUCCAACGGAGAAGCCUACACCAAUAAAGUCUCCCACCAUCCAGGUGCUGGAGUACGGAGAGGCUGUAGCCCUGUUCAACUUCAAUGCCGACCUGCCUGUGGAGCUGUCCUUCAGAAAGGGCGAGGUGAUUGCCAUCAGCAGACGUGUAGAUGAUCACUGGCUGGAGGGUCGUAUCGCCGGCACCAACCGCAGUGGAAUCUUCCCCAUUAACUACGUCCAGGUCAACAAAAUGCCCCGCACUAAAAGCAGUGAUGACUUUCCAUCUUCUCCCACUCUUAGCCCAGAGCCCCUCAGCCCUGGUCGACCACAGCACUCUCCUCUGUCUCCCUUGUCACGCUCCCCUGAACCCCAGCUUUCACUUCACAAACACUCCAGCCAAUCACGCUCCCCUCUGUCACACGCACAGCCCACCGCACCAAAACAGCCUUCAAAGCACUUCCAGUUCUCGCCUGGACCCACGUCACCCACGAGCAACUGGACCGGAUCGCUGCACGCUCACAGCCCACUGGAAAAGGACACCAGAUCACCCAUGUCACCCUCCAAUCAUGUGCUGACAUCUUCACAGGGUCCGGGACUGCCAGCCAACACCAGCUCGCACCCUCCGUACAUCACCCAGGAUGGGACCAGAACACAAUCUCCGCAGCCCAAUGCAGAUGUUAAGAUUCCUUCCACAUCACAGUCUCCUGUGAACAUGGGUUAUUCACGACAACCAUAUAGAGCGGUUUACAACUAUAAACCCCAGAACAAAGACGAGCUGGAACUGAGAGAGGGAGACCUCGUUCAGGUCAUAGAGAAGUGUGAUGACGGAUGGUUUGUAGGUACGUCUGAAAGGACCCAAGCUUUUGGAACAUUCCCUGGCAACUAUGUGGCACCAGUUUAAGAGCUUCCACCAAUUCUCACUGACACUACAGGCUCAGCCACUAAUCAAUUCAAAAUAUUGUCUGUCUGUACUGCUAAUGUACACUAUACACACAACCACUGCCCUCUUCACACACACAUCAAACCGUAAAAACUUCCUCCACUAAGCAUGUGCACUCCUCUCCUCACAGACGUUGGACACUCACGUGAAAUGAAGCAACAAUGCACUAUGCUUUGAUGAUCCUUACAUUUAUUUACAGUAUUCCACAAUUAUAUUUACAUUAUGUAAGAUGACUUACUCAAUUUUAACUUCUUUUGUAAAGUUUACCUCCAUUUUGGUUUCAGAUUUGUAGCAACAUUGCCCUUGAACACAACAUACCCUGAGGAUCUGGAUGUGAGACAUGGUUAAAACGGUCCUUUUUUUAUGCUCAUCACUUACCUUUUUUGCGCUGGCUUUGCUGACUGCCACUUCAUAUUAGAAACACAACCGCAGUUUAAGCAAUCAUUAUCAAGUGUCUGUGAGCUCUUAGUGCAGUUAUCUCCAAGUGUUUAAUCUGACGUUAACUGUGUAACAAACCCAGCAUGCCAUUCUCUUAAGCUUUAGGACAGGGAAAGUGUUGCCAGUUUCAAACUCUUUUGUAUGAGUUAAAGUCUCCUGCUUAGUGAAAAAUCAGUUCGGGUAUGAUUUUAUUUUCUUUUAUGGAAGGUUCCAGCCAGACUAGAUUAAGCAUGGCUGUUGCCGCUACAGUAUAUAAAUGAUUUAAAACCAUAUUCAACUGAAAAUGUUAAUGCAGGAUACAGUAAGUCUUCAGGAUCAUCACAUCAUGAUUUGCAUGUAUAUUCAUUGACAAAAAAAAAAAAAAAAAAACGUAAGCAGUA